UGGAUGAAAAGACAUUUAACUGAUAUAUAUGUAAAAGAAGCCAAAGCCCUUAGUCUUGUCUCAAGAGCAGCUUUCAAAUUAAUAAAUAUAAAUAAACAACUCAGAUUAUUAAAGCCAGGUAUGAUCGUUGUAGAUUUAGGUGCCUCACCAGGCAGUUGGACCCAAAUUGCAAGAGCAGAAGUCAAGGAUAAUGGUUUAGUCAUUUCAGUAGAUAUCAACAGUAAUUUCCAAUUGACUGAAAAAGCACCAUUUAUACAAGGUGAUUUCACUAAAAAGGAAACUCAAGAUAAAAUUUUAGAAUUUGCAGAUUCAAUUUUAAGUGAUAUGGCUCCUCACUAUUGUGGUAUUCCUCAAGUCGAUCAUAGUCGUUUAAUUGAAUUACAAACCACUGCCUUAAACUUUGCACUUCAAGUAUUAAAACCAGGUGGUUCCUUUGUAUGCAAGGUUUCAAGGGGUGGUGAAGAAAAAGAAUUUUUCAAAUUAUUAGAAAAGGAUUUCGCUUCAGUUAAAACAAUGAAACCUGAUGCCUCUCGUAAAGAAUCAACAGAAAUCUAUUAUAUUGCAAAAGAUUUU